UUAAUUUAUGAAGUUAUCACUUCUGUCGAGCACCAUUUUUUUUGUAUAUCCACGAACCCUCCAAAUGCAGGGACACAGUCGCAAUCUUGUCUUUAUCUAUGGUCGCAAUCACAGACUACAUACUAUUCCGCAUCGCAAUUCCCAUUCCGGCGCAGAGAAUCGCCAUCUGCUCGUAACUCCAGCGAAGGGAGAGGGCGAGAGGGUCUUUUGGUCUUUAUCUAUGGGGCCACACACAAUGCCGAGAGGUUAACAGGGGUUUGGGUGUAUUACUUUAGUAGUGCACUCAAUAAUAUAAGUGUUAUAUUUUCAUAUGUACUAAGUAGAAAAAUCAACUAUUUCCUUGAUCUGUUAUUUACAUUGAAAUAAUGGACCAUCAAAGGUAUGACCGCGUGAAAAUGACCUACUCGCUACCAAAGGCCAAUUAUAUAAACCAUGUGAGUGCAGUAAGCCAUUUGAUAACAGUAAUUGCAACUUGCGUGUCCCUGGGAGGCCCAACUUGGUUUCAUUUCGAUGGGGACAUUUGCGUCCUAUACUUAACUCUGGCACAGUUUUUCUGGUUUGGAUAUGUUCCGGAUGGAAUUGACUACACUGAUUCCGAUUGCUUGGGUUCGACGUUUAUAUAUUCGAUGAGAGCAAUCAUCCUGUUGUGUUUCGUGACAAUUAUUAGCUCUCUAUUCGGAUUCUGGAUGGACAUUAUUGAAUACAAACAUCCAGUCUAUCUCCGGAUCAGGAAGAGCCCAUUGACGAAAUUGUGCUCAAUGUCUAUUAUCCUGAUAAUUAUCGGCCUGUGCUGGUGCCUUCGGACGCUCAGCAAACGACUUAUAUUAACUGAGGAUGCGAAAAGUGAUUUUGAUGUUUCGUUUGGGGUGGGAUUUUACUUGGUGGCACUCUCAGGGGGUAUGCUAGGAAUCACAAUUAUUUUUCAUAUAAUUGAGCUAAAGCGACUGCACCAUAAACAAAAGGACCAUGUUUUCUUUGCUGCUUUUGAUGCUAUUCAAAUACUCAGUAUGGUUAAAAGUUAUCAACGACUCACACGUCGAGCGCAGAAUUCUCUACUGUCUAUAGCUUACAAACCUUGACCUAUGAUUGCAGUAUCUGAUGAAAAUGAUGUUUUCUGUACUUUUGAAAUGGAUGCCCAUUAAAGGAAAUUACAUAAAAUCGUACAACAAACUGCA